AAAAAUCUCUCUUUAAAAAAAAAAAGGAAAUUUUCUUCAUUUGGUGGAAUUUUCUUGGUGGGUUUGAUAAAACUCACAAGAAAAUAGUGAAAGUUGGAAACUUUAUUCUUUUGUCUUUGCAUGCUAAGAUUCUAAACACAAACACACACUCUUUUCUAACAAAUCUUUGUUUCAUUUGCAUUUUUUUGAAUUUAUUUAUAAUGGGUAGUGAUAUUUUGUUGCAAUUAUAUAAAUUAUAAUAAAACCUUAAUGUUUGAAGGAAUGCAUCGUUCUAGAUCCGACGUAUGCUGAUGGUACUAAGGUGGUGUUAACCUGGUUGAAAUGUCCCGAUGCGUAAUAUUCUGUUAAAAAAAUAAUGCUUUGAUAAUUUUUUUUUUCUUUUUGCAGGUGGGUGUGGUCUAAAAUCCAAGUGUUGUUGUUGUUAUAUAAUAAUAUAUUAGCUCUUUUGGUGUUUCUUGAGCAAUAUAUAUUAUUAUAUAACAAAAUAAUAAUAAUUUAGGGGAAAGUAAAAAAAAAAAAAAGAAGAAUGUAUGGGGAUUGCCAAGUGAUGUCAAACAAUAUGGGAGGAAAUAUGGUUUCCUCUGAAUCUCUCUUUUCUUCUCCAAUUCAAAACCCUAAUUUCAAUUUCAUCUCUAAUUUUCAACACUUUCCUUCCAUUGUACCUAAGGAAGAAAAUGGGUUGAUGAUGAGAGGGAAAGAGGAUAUGGAAAGUGGUUCUGGAAGUGAACAACUUGUUGAAGAAAAUCAAGGAAUUGAAAUGGAAAGUAAUAUUAAUAAUGAUAAUAUUAUUCAGCAAAAUCAGAAGAAAAAACGCUAUCAUAGACAUACUGCUCGCCAGAUCCAAGAAAUGGAAGCAUUAUUUAAGGAAUGCCCACACCCAGAUGACAAGCAGAGGCUAAAACUCAGCCAAGAACUUGGCCUCAAACCUCGCCAAGUCAAAUUUUGGUUCCAAAAUCGAAGAACCCAAAUGAAGGCACAACAAGAUAGAUCUGAUAAUGUGAUACUUAGGGCAGAAAAUGAGACCUUAAAGAAUGAGAAUUAUAGAUUACAAACUGCCCUGAGAAACAUCAUAUGCCCUAGCUGUGGAGGCCAGGGUAUCUUAGGGGAACCAAGCUUGGAUGAACAACAGCUUCGCCUUGAGAAUGCUAGACUUAGAGAUCAGUUAGAACAAGUUUGCUCUUUAACCACAAGAUACACUGGUCGUCCAAUCCAAGGGAUGCCCUCCACAGCUCCUCUUUUGCAACCAUCUUUGGAUUUGGACAUGAACAUAUACUCAAGGCAAUACACGGAGGCCAUGGUUUCGUCCUCCGAAAUGAUGUCGUUGCCCUCGAUGCUCCCACCCGAGGCUGCUCACUUUCCGGAGGGUGGUCUAUUAAUUGAAGAGGAAAAAACACUUGCGAUGGACCUUGCCGUUUCAUCUAUAGCUGAACUUGUGAAGAUGUGUCGCUCGACCGAGCCUCUUUGGGUUCGAGAUAGCGAGAGUGGUAAGGAAGUUCUAAAUGUUGAAGAGCAUGGGAGGAUGUUUCCAUGGCCAUUGAACCUCAAGCAACACUUGACCAACGAGUUUAGGACUGAAGCCACCCGCGAUAGCGCAGUUGUUAUAAUGAAUAGCAUCACUCUCGUCGACGCCUUUCUCGAUGCUAACAAAUGGAUGGAAUUGUUUCCUUCAAUUGUGGCCAAAGCAAAGACUGUGCAAGUCAUUUCAUCAAGUGUUUCAGGCCAUGCCAAUUCUUCCCUUCAGCUGAUGUAUGCAGAACUUCAGACACUUUCUCCUCUAGUCCCGACGAGAGAAGCACAUUUUCUCCGGUGCUGCCAACAGAACGCCGACGAAGGAAGCUGGACCGUCGUUGAUUUUCCAAUCGAUAGCUUCCAUGACAGUCUUCAGCACUCGUUUCCAAGAUACAGGAGAAAGCCCUCUGGCUGCAUUAUUCAAGACAUGCCCAAUGGAUAUUCUAGGGUUACAUGGGUGGAGCAUGCAGAGAUAGAAGAGAAGCCAAUCCAUCAAAUAUUCAAUCAUUUUGUGCAUAGUGGAAUGGCUUUUGGGGCACAUCGUUGGUUGGCUAUUUUACAAAGACAAUGUGAGAGAAUUGCAAGUCUCAUGGCUAGAAAUAUUUCUGACCUUGGAGUAAUACCUUCACCUGAAGCAAGACAAAACCUAAUGAAACUAGCACAAAGAAUGAUCAGAACUUUCUCAGUCAACAUAAGCACCUCCGGCGGUCAGUCGUGGACGGCAUUAUCUGAUUCUCCUGAUGAUACUGUCCGUAUAACCACUCGAAAAGUCGUCGAGCCUGGCCAACCCAAUGGGGUUAUUCUUAGCGCUGUCUCCACUACUUGGCUUCCUUAUCCUCACUAUCGAGUGUUCGAUCUUCUGCGAGACGAACGGCGGCGGUCUCAGCUGGAGGUUCUCUCAAAUGGGAAUUCCUUGCAUGAGGUUGCUCACAUUGCCAAUGGCUCCCACCCCGGAAACUGCAUUUCUCUUCUUCGUAUCAAUGUGGCCAGUAACUCCUCCCAGCAUGUUGAGCUGAUGCUGCAGGAGAGUUGCACGGACCAAUCCGGCAAUCUCGUCGUCUAUGCGACAAUUGACGUCGAUUCGAUUCAGUUAGCAAUGAGUGGAGAAGAUCCAUCUUGCAUUCCUCUCCUCCCCAUAGGAUUUUCCAUCGUCCCCGUCGUCGGGUCAACCGUCGACGGACACCUAGCACCACCAUCUGAGGACGGUACUGCCAAUCCCAAUUCGGGUUGCCUCCUUACCGUUGGCUUGCAAGUGCUAGCCAGCACCAUUCCGUCAGCAAAGCUCAACCUGUCAAGCGUAACUGCCAUCAACAACCACCUUUGUAACACGGUGCACCAAAUCAACGUCGCUCUUGGCGGUCCAAGUCGUCUCGAGAAUGGCAAUGGCGGGGGCGAGGCGAAUAAUCCACCGCCGCCGCCCAAGCAAUAAGCUUGGUAGGUGCAAUAUACAAGCACCUUAAGCAUGGUAGGCAAAGAAUGAAAUGAAGUGAGCUGCCAAUUACCCAAAAUCUCCCUCCCUCAAUGCCACCCUUGACGUAGAUUACAAGGGCAUUAUCGGUAACUUGAAAAGGAUAAGUAGGGUUUUUGAGUGGGAGAUUGUGGAUAAUUGGUAGAGAAAAAAGAGAGAGAGAGAAGGUAAAUUUAGUUUUAAAAAGUGUAAUUAUUAAUUAAUUAAAAAUAUAUAGGAGUAGUUUUUGGAGGGUAAAUAAGAGAGAGAGAGAGAUUAGGGGUAAAUUUGAUGUGUGGUUGUGGAUUAGGGUGUAGGGUAUGUUGUGGAAGUCAAGAACGCACCAGAUAAAACCCUUGGGGUCUCUGACAAGGCUGUCAGAAAGUGGGGCCUUGUCCAGUCAGCAAGGGUGGUGGUUCGGGCAUUGACUUCUUCUGCUUAAUUAUGUGUCAGUCAGACGGCGUCGUUUCGCCUUGCCUUUUUUUUUUUUUUUUUCAAUUCUUAUUUUUAUUAUUAAGAUGAAUUAUUAUUAUGACUCUGAAUUUAAUGCUUCCAAUCAAUUUGCCUUUCCUACC